CUGGGGACGGUGGGAGCAGAUCCAUUUCCGGGUUGGCAAAAGGGGCGGCGGCGAGAAAGGGAGCUUGCUGGGGGGCGAGCAAGACGGGACGGAGCCGGAGCGGAGGUGGCGGAGGAUUUGCUCCCGGAGCCGCUGUGCCCAGCUCCCGAGCAGAAGUUGGCAGAGUUCCGGUUGACUGUCUCUUGAGGGAUGUGGCCCGGAUUAGAGUGGAUGGGGUGUUUCAUGUCAAAGUGAGGUUCAUUGGCAGAUCCUGAGAGCUGCUCUGCAAGGAAAUGGAGGCGGUAUAUGAGUGACCUAAAGCUGCAGAUUAAAAAGGAAAGAGAGCAGUGCCAACUGCAAACAGGGCAAGGAUGCCAAUUCCUCCUCCCCCUCCACCACCCCCUGGUCCUCCUCCACCUCCCACUUCUAAUCAGGCCAACACUGAGCUGCCCAAGCUGAGUAGAGAUGAGCAGCGGGGUCGAGGUGCUCUCUUACAGGACAUCUGCAAAGGGACCAGGCUGAAGAAGGUGACCAACGUUAAUGAUCGGAGCGCUCCCCUCCUCGAGAAACCCAGAGGAAGCAGUGGUGGUUAUGGCUCUGGAGCAGCUGCCCUGCAGCCCAAGGGAGGUCUCUUCCAAGGAGGAGUGCCCAAGCUCCGCCCUGUGGGAGCCAAGGACGGUUCAGAGAACCUAGCUGGCAAGCCAGCCCUACAAGUCCCCAGUUCUCGAGCUGCUGCCCCAAGGCCUCCGGGGUCUACAGCCAGCGGGCGCCCUCAGGAUGAUACAGACAGCAACCGAGCCUCACUCCCAGAACUGCCCCGGAUGCAGAGACCCUCGUUACCGGACCUCUCUCGGCCUAAUACCACCAGCAAUACGGGCAUGAAGCACAGCUCCUCCGCCCCUCCUCCGCCUCCCCCGGGGCGGCGUGCCAACGCCCCCCCUACGCCUCUGCCUGUGCACAGCAGCAAAGCCGCAGCCUACAACAGAGAGAAGCCCCUGCCACCCACACCUGGACAGCGGCUUCACCUUGGUCGAGAGGGACCUCCCGCUCCACCCCCAGUCAAGCCGCCUCCUUCCCCUGUGAAUGUCAGAACAGGACCAGGUGGCCAGUCUCCAGCUCCUCCGCCUCCGCCUUACCGCCAGCCUCCCGGGGUCCCCAAUGGACCCUCCAGUCCCACUAACGAGUCAGCCCCUGAGCUGCCACAGAGACACAAUUCUUUGCAUAGGAAGACACCAGGGCCUGUCAGAGGCCUAGCGCCUCCUCCACCCACCUCAGCCUCCCCUUCUUUACAGAGUAGUAGGCCACCUCCCCCAGCCCGAGACCCUCCCAGUCGGGGAGCAGCUCCUCCACCCCCGCCACCCGUGAUCCGAAAUGGUGCCAGGGAUGCCCCCCCUCCCCCCCCACCGUACCGAAUGCAUGGGUCAGAACCCCUGAGCCGAGGAAGGCCCCCGCCUCCACCCUCAAGGACGCCAGCUGGGCCCCCCCCGCCGCCUCCACCACCCCUGAGGAAUGGCCACAGAGAUUCUAUUACCACUGUCCGAUCUUUCUUGGAUGAUUUUGAGUCAAAGUAUUCUUUCCAUCCAGUAGAAGACUUUCCUGCUCCAGAAGAGUAUAAACACUUUCAGAGAAUAUAUCCCAGCAAAACAAACCGAGCUGCCCGUGGAGCCCCACCUCUGCCGCCCAUUCUCAGGUGAAGCCUGGCUUGGUCCUGUUCCUCAGGAAAAGGAUGGACCCUCUCCUCUUCUCAGAUGGUCCCUUCCAUUCUCCCUGAAACCUGCAUGACAGCUCCUAAC